CGGGCUCACACAACCGCUCAGAUAUGUCAGAACAGUUUCGACAUCGACAUUUGUACAUGUUCCACAACUUUUGGGAUCAGAAUAAAGACGGUAUUCUGUCGUGGGACGACUUCAAUGCUCUCGCUGAGUAUUACACAAAGGUUCAAAGGAAAGGCAAACUUGAAAAAGAUGUCUACGAGCGCUGGAAGUCUAUCCUCGAAAAAUGGUGGAAUGAACUUACGAGGGACGCUGACUACAACAAGGACACUGUCGUGGAAUUUGACGAAUGGAUCAGAUAUUUCAAGACAAUGGGCGAAACGACAAAAGAAUUCAAAGACUUGCCGGAUUUUUUGCAGAAAUACGCUCAACUUUUGUUUAUGAUCAUGGACGCCAAUAAAGAUGGUCUUUUUUGCAUUAAGGACUAUAAAAAAUAUCUUAAAGGUUUAAAUCUGAGCAUUGACCAUGUCGAAGAGCAAUUCGACUUUAUGCUUGAUGAGGUAGACAAAGCCAAUGAUAGGGCCAUGCCGUUGGAUAGUUUCCGAGCUCGAAUGUACGAAUACUGGACGAAGGACGACACGAACAUCAAGGGCAAAUUUUUGUUCGGCCCUUUCGAGACUGAGGAUCUCACCACGCUCGAGGCGAAGACUAAGAAGAAGUAAAAGGGCAGUUCUACAGGUGCUAACUUAUGUCGACGAUUAGGUAUUUCGGUAGACCUUUAAGGUUUUUCGUACAGAUAAAUCGUUACUGCCUAAUUGAUGGGAGAAAUUACUGAAAUGAUGCCGGUUGAACCGAAAACAGAAAGGAAUAUCGAUAAGAUAUAAUUCGUCACUGACCUGAUCGGUGCCAUUGAAUUACAGAGUAAAUAAGGAACUAGCAAAUAAUAUAUGAACCAAAUUAACAUUAAAUAUAAAAAUAAUUUUGCGAGUCUGAGCAUUUGAUUAAGAAUACGAGCAAAGAGUUCACUACGGGGUGCUAUUUUGUAUCGUUAUAAUAUUCUAAAACGUUACUAUAAUAAAAAUGCCUAACAUUAUCUCUCAAGUGUAUCAGAGCUUAUAAUCCAGAUUUGAAGCGUUAAAAUAGCAAAUUUAACCCUGAUAUAGUUUUCGACCGAUCGCUCUGGGGUAUCAGACUGAAUAAGAUAAUAAUGUCAUACAUGUGUAAUAUAUAUCAUCCAUAAACGUCGAUGCGAUGAACGGUUUCUUAUGGACACUGGCAAUAUGUUAAAACAAUACAGUAUGGCUACCAUGGAUCGAUUAAAUACCAAACAAUGAGAGAUACCUGCUCUGUCGGAGGCAGACGCGUUUUAAUGUUGUCCACGACUAUUUGUUGCGCGUUUGCAAAAAGCUAGUACCGCCGUUCUGCUGGCGCCAUUGGUGUUACUUCGAUCCCAUGUUUAUGUCACAGUUAUUGUCGUCAUUCGCAUUACUGCAUAUGUCAAAAUUCGUUAUAGCAACAUCUAAAACCUGCAGCUAUUUGAAAUAGCUUUACAAACGAAAGGUAGCACGGUGCGAAACGUUUCCCCUCUAAAAAUAAGCCUCCUUUUAGGCACUACACUCAGGCUGCAGGUUGCAAACAAUGGAGUUUCAUUUCAGAUUUAACAUUUUGGUAAUAAACCUAUGUCACUCUUCACAAAUAUAAAAUUAGCUACGCUCACAAUGAAACAAACUGCAACAACUGAUGCGGUGCUGUUCCAGCAGCUCUGACAGAUUGUGCGAAGUUUUUCAAAUAGAAACAAUUAACAACCUAAAAUAGUACGUACUUGAGAUUAUUUACUAUAUAUAUAUAUAUAUAUAAGCUGUUUAAAUAUAAGGC